UUGAAAUAUCUUUAUCAACAAUGGUUGAAGAUCUCAUUAAGAAUCCAAGAGAUAUUGCAAAUCAACUCGCAACAACCUUACCGGGAUCAGCCCCUCUGUUCAUUAACUUGGUUGUUUUGCAAGGAAUUGGUUUGCUUCCUGUUCAUCUCUUACGAUUGAGUGAGAUUUCUUUUACCAUGUUUAUGCGUGUAUUUUUUGCAAGAACUCCAAGGGAAUUUGCUGAAGCUAGUGCACCUCCAUUCUUGGAUUACGGUCAAGAAUUACCGCCC